GUUAUUUUUCCAGUGAAUUGUCUGUAAAAUGGAAAAUAAUAAUGUUAUUUUAUUAUUGAAAAAUAAUAAUAUUAUUUUACAUUUGGACUACCACAUUUUGAUAUGCCCAUCAAAACGUGGUAAAACCCAGGCUGGUUGGGUCACUGUAUUGUACCUGUUGUGUCUGGCUAAUAGUCCAAAGUCCGACAACAAUACAUAAUUUGCUAUCACAGAAGAUAAAGAAAUGCAGCACAACGUCACAAUUGAAAGGCGGAAACAUUAAAGGUGAACGUUUAAUUGUUCCGCUGUUCCAGCUCUGAAGCCUUUUGAUUUUGUUCCUUGCAGAUAUCACCGUAUCAGAUAAAUUGGUAUUAAUAACAGAACAUAUCAAAUAAGCAGGUGCAUUCAUCACCCUCAAAGCUUGUAAUGCAUGUAGUGUAAUUUCUUAAAUCAAGCUCAGAGUGUGGAAACAUGCCUGACACAGCAGAGCAGGUACUGAAGGCUUGGUUUCCUUGUUAAAUGAAGAAUUUAUUAUAUGCCAACUGCAGCACUAUUUAGGAUGAGUAAGCGUGAAUAUUUCUCCAGGGCCGAAUUUCUAGUUAACCUUUAAGUUUUAGUAUAAAAAAAUUGUAAACUGGCUAUUGCAUGAAGUUGUAUCAAAUAAAAACGCUAGUGUUUGAUGCCUGUAGUAGAGUUACUGUACUGUGAGAGUACAAGUAGUAGUUUAUAAAAGAAAUAGAUAGAAAUACCACAGGCGGCCUUUUAAACAAGUUGUUGACGUUGGUGCAGUCAGGUUGUGUUUCUUGGAAUAGUUAAUCAGUUUUCUUUUUUUUACUUUCAAAGUUUGGCAGUGUUUGUGAUGACAGGCGGCAGCUAACCCGUCCUAUCAACUGUAAUUGGAGCAUUUGCAUCAGUGAUGUCUCACAAGGCUUGGAUGAUUACAUGUUACUCAGCUGCUCUUUAACACGUGAACACACGUGCGUCAUUCCUCUUUUCUUUUCUUGACCACAUUUGCUGUGGCAGCGUUUUCGUGGCCCAUUGUUGGGGUUAGCCCUAAGUGUUGGGGUUCACCACAGUAUUGUCACAUUCGCCAAUGACUGCUGAAGUGCUGAGCUGUUACAUCGGUGCCUUUGCUGCCAAAUCCAAACCAUGGUAGGAAUUAACAGAAUUACACACAAGGCUGUGGGAUUUAAAUGACCAGUUCUGCCUCAAAGCAGUGAAAGAAAUGUGCUAAAAGCCUCUGUAAUUAUGCCAAUCAGUAUGAAAGGACAGUAAUGAAUGGAGAGCUCUGAUCAUUUUAUGCUCCAGCUACUGAACAGCAGCUAAACCAACAAGGGGUUUGUUUUUGUUCUGAGAGAAAAUAUUUCGUUUGUAAUUAAAUCCUGUGGCCAACAAACACGUUUGUUGCCUUUUGUUUGUGCUCACUAUGUAGCGUUUUCAUAUCAUUUUUCAUAAACAGUAAGCCAUUUAUUAUUGAACUAUGGGCUUCUGGAGAUAGAAAAGUGUUGAUUCAGCACGUUCCCAUGACUGACUAUUGAUAUUUCCGGAGCUGCUCUUUACCUCCACAGAUAAGUCCCACUGAGGAGGACUUCCUUUGGCCUCUGCUGCACACUACCCUCAGUGUGCGCCUCAGUCUGGGACAUAACGUACCUGUCUGUUCUCCCUGUCGCCACAGUGAAACAGUGGAUUGUCCUGAUCUUGUGUUAAGACAACGGUAAUGACAGUCAGCUCAUCCAAAGUAGUGUUAGAUGCCAAUACGGAACGUUUUCUACAUUCUUUCCAGUGAGCAGAAGUUGUCCAGCUGGGUUUUUAGGUGAAUUGUUUCUUAAUUUCCCCAAAUAUUGGCAGAAUCAUCGUCAGACUCGUUCUGGGUGUUUUAUAUGACUGGUGAUUAGUUGAACUUUGGAACACGGUUCAGAUGGUUUUACGUAAUUACAGAGCCAACAGAAAGGGAGAAGCAUUUAUGUGAAUGAGCUUUGUUGCCCGUAACUGCAUUCCAGAAUAAAGAGGAAACCUGGCUCAGGUUACCACAGAGCCACGAUGGCCACUGUUCCCUCACGUCUCAUUCAUCAGCAGCUUCACUGAGGGAGUGGGGGGGAUGUCUGGACCUCUCUCACCUCCUCUAUUCCUCUCUUGGUUGUUAUUCCAACCAGCUUUGAGGAUCUGACCUUCAGCUCCUCACCUCAUCUGUCAGUAUGAUGGGCUCAUAGCUUCUGUCAAGCUGGGCAUGCUCACUUAUUUGACCUGUACAACCAUUAAAUUACAGUUAGUGCUGUUUUUCAUGGGAGCCCUUUACACUUUACAUGUCACUACAUUCUGUACUUAAUAUUGUAUUUAUUUAUAGUCAUAGUAGAACUUGAAUAUACAUCUAACAUGGAAAACAGCCACUUGAAUAUGGUGGGAAAUAAGAAGUCUGACUUAAAUGCACAACUCUAACAUCUUAAUGUUAUAUAAAUAUGUACAUUUUGGCUGACACCUUUUUAUUUUUUAAUGUAUAUAGAUCUUAGUGUAAAAAUUCCCAAACUGACAGAUUGAAGGUUGUAAAAGAAGAAGCUUCCAAGUGGUUGAAUAUUUUCUAAAUGCACAAUAUCAUAUUUGAAAUAAUAUGAAAUUAUUAUUCCAAUUUGUCUGCUUAACACUUGUUCUCUAAGUUUAACACUUUAUAUUAAAACAAAAAAAACAUUAUUUGCGCAAUUGAGGUGCAAGGCAUUGGAGUCACAAGUCGCUGCUAAUCUUCCAUUAAAGGUGAUUCAGAGAUGUUUGACUGUCAGAAAGCAGCGCAUCGGCUGCUGACAACUGACGGCUUCCACAAAGCAACACGUUUUUAUUUAUCGUCCACUCAUCCAUAGGAGACAGUUUUCCUUUUGUUGCCAGCUAUGUGGGCCCUGCUUAAAAUUCCUCGGUUAAAUUUUGUGAGGAAAUGUACCCGGCGAUGACACAUGGGUACAACAGCAGCCGUAGGUUUGAACGUCUUAUUACGACUCGCAGAAGGAGGCGGCAGGAUUGUCGCAUUCUUGUUUUCCCGUCCUUGUUAACAAUUUGCACAGCUUCUGUUAGUCUUUCAGAUUGUGUUGGGUGAUUUCUCCGCCUAUACGCCGUUAUGAGUACAUCUCACUUGUCCUGCCUACACAUUUCCUUGUGUGUCUUUUACCCCAUCACAAUAAGACGUGCGGGAAAUGGGACUGAGACAAGAUGUUCUUUAGAAAGAUGCAUCUGCUUCUGAUGACUGCAGCUGGAUCAUUCAGCAUUUUGUACUUUUCCAUAUACCUGCUGCCAGUUGGGGUGCGUUACAUUGUCAGCCAAGCAUUUUUAGUUUGCCAUGUAGCUGUUUUCAGAUAGUUUGGCAGUCAUCUGCAGAUUCACGUAAGAAGAUGGAUCAGAAUUGUAAUAAUAAGAAUAAAUAAUAAGAUGUGUCCUAUAAAGGACUUUAAUGCUUUUUGAUGCUUUUUUAUUUGCUAUGUUUCUCUACUCUGGUUGGAUUGUGACUAUUGAUCAGAGCAAAACAGCUGAGAGGUGGUGAAGUAAUUAGGGACUCUGUUGGUUCUGCACAACUGGCCCUCAGUUAACAAACUGCUGAGCAAUGGCCGGCGAGGGCUCAUAUUCAGGCCUGCUUCUGGAGUUGGAGGUGGAUGUCCCAUUUUGCUUACACUCCAGCCACGAGGUAAUUGAUUUGGUGUCAGGCGCCGGGAUGUAGAGAGCUGACACUGGUGUAGAUCAAGACAGGCCAGGCGAAAUUCUGUGCAGGACCGGGGAGACGGGUCCCACCGGCCUCGGUGCGGGGAGGCGAUGAUGGAAGGGAGCAAAGGAGCAGCCGCCACCGUGGUGGGGAUUGGAUUGGAGACUAGAUGGCAUUUAGCUUCUGUUUAUGGAUGGGUUUAUUUAUUGGUGCUGCUUAUUUUCCUACAAUGGUUCAGUCGCCAGUGGUGCACAGGAACGGUGUCUUCAAGGCGGUUAAGCUCCACCGACAGCUUUAGAAUUGCGGCUGUUCGGUUUUCAUGGCGUCACCUGGGACCGCCUGCUCUCAGUCGCUGCACAUGGCAGUGAAAGGAGUGUGGUGAUGAACCUGUGUGAGGGGGUUCUCGUCUCCACUGGUCUGCAGUGGACAGAGUACACUCUGUUUGUUUUUCCUGUGUGGCUCUGAUUCAACCAUCAGGUCUGUUUUGUGUAACCAGAUUAUUCCUUGCAUAAGAAUGUCCCCGCAGUUGCAGAGAUGAUGGCGUUGUUGUCAGGGGAUCCUGGACGUGCCGCGCUGGGUAACGGAGGCCUGGUGUGAUUAAGCGUGUGCCAGGUGCGUUCACAGGUCAUUGCCCAGUCAAAUGCCAGAUUAGGGCAAACGGGCAGAUAAUGCCAUCAGUCCAGACGGGCACAUCACUGAACUGAAUUAAUUUUGUGGAUCCAAAACCCAUCAGCGGUGAUUGAUUAGUGGCGAAGAUUAAAUUCAUUCAUACAUUGAAUGAACAACGCUAAAUAUAACUGGUGGUUUUAAAAUGAAACACAGUGAUUGUGUGAUUGUGAGAGUUUAAUAGUUAAUGCCACACGUCACAUUGGUGCUUUUUACUGCUGCAGAGAAGGACCCAGGGAGGGAAGAAAGCCCUGAUGCAAGCUAGACACGAAAGGAUAUGACUCGACACAAGUGGAUCUGCUGGAGCGCAGCACCGCAUUCUGAGAAACACUCUGCCAAACUUAAUAGGACGGACCCUCAGCUUCUGGCCCAGUUCUACUAUGCCGAUGAAGAGCUGAACCAGGUGGCCACUGAGCUGGACAGCCUCGAUGGAAGGAAGGACCCUCAGAGAUGUACCCUGCUGGUCAACCAGUUCCGGUCCUGUCAGGACAAUGUGCUCAACAUUAUCAAUCAGAUCAUGGAUGAGUGUAUCCCCAGCGACCGGGCCAACAGAGACUUCUGCGUCAAGUUCCCCGAGGAGAUUCGUCAUGACAACUUGGCAGGACAGCUGUGGUUUGGAGCUGAGUGUUUGGCUGCUGGCUCCAUCAUCAUGAACAGGGAGAUAGAGAGUAUUGCUAUGAGACCUUUGGCUAAGGAUCUCACUCGCAGCCUGGAGGAGGUACGCAACAUCACCAGAGACCAGGCCCUGAGAGACCUCAACUUGUACACAGACCGCAUGAAGGACGCAUUGCGACAUUUCGACAUCCUUUUUGCUGAGUUUGAGCUCAGCUAUGUGUCAGCCAUGGUGCCUGUGAAGUCUCCCAAAGAAUACUAUGUGCAGCAGGAGGUGAUAGUCCUGUUCUGUGAAACAGUGGAGAGGGCCCUGAAGCUGGCCUACCUCACGCAAGACAUGAUCGAUGACUAUGAACCUGCGCUGAUGUUUACAAUUCCCAGACUAGCCAUCGUGUGUGGCCUGGUUGUGUAUUCAGAGGGACCUCUCAACCUAGACCAAAAAUCAGAAGACAUGUCUGAGCUCUUCCGGCCUUUCCGCACUUUAUUAAAGAAAAUCAGAGACUUACUGCAGACUCUGACUGAAGAGGAGUUGAUGACUCUGGAGAGGAACCUCUGUAUCUCUCAGGAUGGGGAAUUACCCACAGGCCAGGAGCUGGCUGCAAACAGCGUCCCAGCACCAGUCCAGGAGGAUCACACGUCCUGCAGCACUAGUACCGACUCCACCAAAGCAGAGAGCGAGGGCGAGGGCGAGCAAGGGCACCUGGCUCUGUACGUCUGCUCCAGCCAGCAGGACGAGUUAGAAGUGGAGAAGGGCUGGGAGGAGGUGGAGACCGAGAGGGGGGAGGAGGAGCAGGAGCAGGGCCUUCUGUGCGAGGAGGCAGAGGAGGCUGAGCUGGCCUGCUCCAUGCAGUACGACGAGGAGGAGCUGGAGCAGCUCAACAUGAUGGUUUACCGUGUGGGAGACGAGAUGUCCACUCUGCUCUCGCCUCCCAGCCAGGGACAGUCCCCAGCUCGCAACCCCAGCAAAGGAGAGGCAGGAGGCUCCAGUGGGGCUUCCAGUACUGAGGCCUCACCCCGCAGACUCUUGGCAAGCCAGGGAAGGAAAGGAAUCUAUGUGGAGGAGGAGGACAGAGUCUUCUUCAUGGAGGACCUGGAUGCAGCCGGAGACGGCAUCACCAGCAUAUCGAGGGAGGCUUCGGGUUGUGUGUCUUUUCCUGCUAAAGCACCAGGACCCAGGCCCCACCCUGUUAGGAAUGGCUGGUACGCCGAGUCCCCAUCAGAGCGGCCGUGCCAAAACACACGCUGUCCCAAUGUAAAGUGCCCAACGUGCAGCUCAGCCACUGGGCCUGACCCUCUGCCUUACUCCAACGGGUGGGAGCUGGGCCUGGAGGGCACGGCGGCCGAAAACGCCGAGGUCAUCGCCCACCGCAUGGGCGGCAUGAAGCUGUCCGCCACCGUCAUCUUCAACCCCCGCUCCCCGAGCUUGACUGAGCUGGCAGUGGACAAGUUGCUCCUGCCGAGACCCACUCCGUCUGAGAUUGAGCCCUGUGGCCCUCUGGUGGCCACUCACUGCCUGCUCAACUCCUGCGUCUGCUGCGGGAGCUGCGAGGACGGCCACGAGGACGCCGCCUCCACGGAGGCCAACGGCCUCGCCAAGCGCUGUAUGACGGCGGCGCCGAGCAGCGUCAUCCAGUCCGCCGCCUGCCGCCUGCCCCCGCGGGGUCAUGACCCCCGCGGUAAGGGUGACCUCACCGCGGCGACCCCGCCGGCGUCCUGCAACUCCGCCGAGCAGCUGGAGGAGGCCUCGAACCAGCAGCUGUGCGAGAUGUGCCUGGCGGUGGCUACGGGGCCGCGGCAUCACGCUCCGGACUGUAGCGCCAACGUAGCCUCUAUAUGCAACCACCAGCUGAGCGAGGAAAAGAAGCAGCAGGACGGCGGAGGCCGGCAGAGGGACAAGGAAGCGGAUAAAGACAAAGCAGAAGCUAAAGACUUAAAGAAGGACGCCAAAGAGGACGGCAGGAGGAGCUCCAGUUUCCAGAACUCCCCUCUCAGCUCUGUGUCAGGUAGUGACUGUGAGAGUGUGUCGGUCACAACAUGUAGUCUGUCGAGCAGUGCGUACACUCCCAGUCCUGUGAGCAGUCUGACCCCCAGUUCAGGAAUGUCAGAAGACCUGGACCAUCAGGACAUCCAGUCAGCCCUGCAAGACGCCAAGGUAGCAGCCAGAAACCGGAUCCGAUCGCGCUUCCACAGCAGCAGCGACCUCAUUCACCGACUCUUUGUUUGCAUAUCAGGAGUCGCUGAUCAGCUGCAGACAAACUACGCCAGUGACCUUCGCAGCAUCCUCAAAACUCUGUUUGAAGUCAUGGCAACCAAGUGUGAUCAGGGAGACAACGAUAAACAAAAGAAGGGUCCUGUUCUGCGUAGUGCUGUGCUGGAGGACUGUGCUCUCUGUCAGGAAACCAUUUCCUCAUCGGAAUUGGCAGCCAAAGCUCGGGAGGGCCAUUUCGAAGACCCUCCUGACUGGGUCCCUGACGAAGCCUGUAACUCCUGCAUCGCUUGCAAGGCUCCCUUCACUGUCAUCCGGCGAAAGCACCACUGCAGAAGCUGUGGAAAGAUCUUCUGCUCUCGCUGCUCCUCUCACUCUGCUCCGUUGCCCCGAUAUGGCCAGGUGAAGCCUGUCAGGGUGUGCACACACUGCUACAUGUUCCAUGUUACGCCGUUCUACAGUGACAAGCCUGGCAUCUGAUCCCAGAUUAUUACCAGAAGCACAUAACAAGAGCAUAUGCAACCGAUUGAUUCAUGGCUCCAUACAAAGCACUCGCCACGCUGCUCUGUUAAAGCGCAAUGACUGUCAUCGUACCGGCUCCACAAUGAGGCCUUGACAGGUCCCUGAGCAAAGAGAGCAAACCCGCAGCCACAGAGUGACCAUGAGAUUGGUUCCCAUGAUGUCUGUGACCAGCUAACACACACACAUACGCACGCACGCACGCACGCACCUGUCUGGCUGUAGAGGUGCAAAGGAAACGGGACAUGAAUGAUCGUGUGUGUAGCAGUUCGCGCCACAUCAGAACGUGCCACCUUGUUCCUUUUGUGUCACUGAACGGACUUUCUUGCUGUGCUUUAGCGAGCUUCCUACAUCUGUGCCAGAGGUCCUAUGGGACUCGGAUUACUUUAAAGAAUGUAAGUCAUGAAAACCAUGUAAAUACGGAUAACCUUGGAAAGAGCUACAUUACAAUGUCUUCGUUUGCAUAUGGGGACUGGCCUGCAGUCCUCAGUGGGCUACAAACCCCAGUAAAGCAAAAAUGGAAAAACAACCUUUAUUUGAACAGUUCUUCAUUCUUUUGAAGCGGUGAAUGUGUAAUUUAGCCACUUCAGGAGAUGAGAUGAGGCUCCAAAAGGCUGACCUUCCAGCUCCUGGUGGCUGUGAAUUCACAGUUGCAACAUGCUGCAAACCGAGAAAGAUAAAAAGGAUUCCUGUCAAGUCCUAAAGGCUCCCUAGUGCAGAAUUGUUCCCAUCACUGGGGUUUGUAAAAUGAGUUUUAUAUCAGAGGCCUUGUCAGGUUCUGGCCCACAGACCACUUUGCCCACCGCUUUCUCUUACUUGCAGUUGUUACGAUGCAAUAUUGUGAUUUUGGUUUGCAACGGUCCCUCAGUAACAAGCCUCUGUUAUUUGGAGUGUCGGUGGAUCUGUGUUUACACUUAAUUAUUUCCACGUAGGCUCUUGUGGGACCAUCGGACAGGAACAGAUAUUUGUCAGACUAAUGCUGAUCGCAUCUCACUUCCUUUUUAGCUCCUCACUCCGCUUCCAUUCCUUGAACAUACAGGAAGUAUCUUCCAUGCCCAUAUUUCAGCAUAUGACAGUUUAUCUGAAUGAUCUUACAUGGCCAGUCGACACAUGGACCGGAACAACAACAAUGAAAUAACACAUUUUGUCCAUUCUGCUCAGCAAUUUCUCAGGCAUUACAUAAUCACAGUCACUCUACGGUUGGAUCAAUCUUAUUUUCAUCCAAGAACAUAUGAACUCACUUUGAAAAGGUACAUUUUUCUUUUAUAAAGAACGGAAAUAAUUUAUGAAGCUAUAAUGACAUUUAUGUAAAUAAACAAGGAAUCAUGUAGUAAUUAAAGUUUGGGAUAUUCUAUUAUUUCAGAGCUUUGUCUUAUUUUGUAAAAUCCUGGUACAUUUCCAUGAUAAGAGCUGUAAAAUAUUAAAUAAUGUAAUAUAGUUUUAAAUGCCAUGUAUAUUUAAAUAAAUUACUUUUUCCUGUUUGAA